GUUGCAGAGCCGCGGAGGAGGGACCAUCAGGGAGGUGAAAAGGCUGUGUGGCUGUCGCGCAAAAAGUGGAUGCCAGGGUCUUUCGUGUGUGGCUCGUGUGCGGGGCUCUGGGGCUAAGGCUAGAACAGGGGGAGAAGGUGCCGCUUGAAAAGGAACGGACCACGCGACAGGGCAGUGAUGUUCCUUCCUGUUCUGCGCUGCACUCCUGUCUCUCUUUUCAAUGCGAUUUGCUUGAUUUAAGAUAGAGACCCUACAACCUUAAAAUCGUGCUCACCAUGAAUAAGCCACAGUCGCCAUACGAUUCGCUACCGCACAUUUUGGAGUACUACGACAACUCAAAUUCCCAGAACUCGGCGCUCCACCUUAUACUUGCAUUACGGCCCGACUGGCGAGAGGCCAAGGACACAAUCGAGUUUGUGCGAUUCACAGAUGGCAUCACAAACACACUGCUGAAGGCGGUGAACAAGCUGCCAGGAUUGUCGAAAGCAGAGGUGGACGAGGAUGCGAUUCUACUGCGCGCAUAUGGCAAGGGCACAGAUGUGCUCAUAGACCGCGAGAAAGAGACACGGUCACACUGCCUCCUUGCCCGCCAUGGCCUCGCACCCUCGCUCUACGCCCGGUUUGAGAACGGUCUCCUUUACAAAUACGUUCCAGGCAGCGUGUGCUCACCUGCUGACCUGCGACGACCAGAUGUAUGGCGCGGAAUAGCUCAAAGAUUGGGGGAAUGGCAUGCCACAUUACCAAUAUCGAGUAUCAGCAGCACAUGUCCAGCUCCAUCUCAACUUGCUACCAACAACAAGCGUGCUUCCUUGGUGGCUAUGGCCCAGCUCACACCCGGCAAGCCUAUCCCGAACGUGUGGACAACUAUGCAAAAAUGGAUCGAUGCGCUCCCAACAAGCACCACCGCGCAAACGACACGCCGAGAGCAACUCACUAUCGAACUCGCUUCCUUGACCAAACUGCUGGGUAACACGCCUGGCGUUGGCGGCUCAAACUCCUUCGUCUUCGCUCAUUGCGAUCUCCUCUCCGGCAACGUGAUCAUCGAGCCUUCACCGUCGUCCGCUUCGAACUCACGUCGUUCUAGUUCCUCCAACGGGUCUGAGGAGCCCGAGACGGCGGCAGCGUCAGUAUCCUUCAUUGAUUACGAAUACUCCACGCCUGCACCCGCCGCCUUCGACAUUGCAAACCACUUCGCCGAGUGGGGUGGUUUCGAUUGCGACUACAGCGUUUUGCCUACGCGUCGCGUACGCCGCUCUUUCCUCCGCGAGUACCUCCGCAGCAUCAGCAUACACCUAAACCGAACACACACCGAGGCAGAAGUUGAGGAGCUGUUCGACCAGGUCGAUAGGUUUCGAGGAGUACCAGGUUUCUACUGGGGUAUCUGGGCGCUGAUCCAGGCACAAAUCUCGCUCAUAGACUUCGACUACGCAAAUUAUGCCGAAAUCAGGCUCGGCGAGUACUUCGCAUGGAAACGAGAGGUCAGCGGCGAGCGAGAGAGGUCAGGAGAGGCGAUGCCAGAGCGAGAACAAAUAUGGGCGAAAGACGAUUAAAGGGAUGUGCAUAGGAGAGCUGGAUACAUUGGUCAUGCGGGCGUUGGGAAUAAGCGAGCGAUUCAACAUGUCAGUCAAAGGCGCCAGACGUCGUGCAUACCGUGCCUACUUCAUCAGAAGAGCACUUUUCAUACUCCAAUUUAUACUACGUUUAAUACCACAGCAACCACCUUCGUUUCUCACUGACCUGUCUCGUUUAAAUACGUUGCUGCGUUGCGUCAGUUAUUUUGCGGUCGACGCCUGGGUAGUACCUUCCUCAAGUGAGAAACUGCACACACACCUUCUGGCCACAAAUUUCUUUAGCCUUACUACCAACAACUCCCCGUGCACCUCAGA